ACUAUCGCAACAGACAAUUUGAUCGUAUCGUGUAGCCAUGAACUAUCUUUUGCUAUUCGCUCUGUGUGUAACAGCUGGAGCCUCUCUUGUUCCUGAGGCGGAGCGUGUCAAUGGAGAAAAUGGCUGGUAUGUUCCUCAACACGAUGGAUCCUUUAAAUGGCUGGACCUGGACGAAGCUGAAGUUUACCUUAAUGAAACGGAAGCCGCUUUGCAUCACCGUUUGCCAGACACUGUGACCUUCUUUCUCUAUACCAAAUCGAAUCCCAGUGAAGGACAUCAAAUCACUGCUUCUUACAAUUCUAUUAUAAAUUCGCCCUAUAAUCACAGAAAUCCCACCAUAUUCACCAUACAUGGCUGGAAAGGAAGCAAGAAGGAUUAUGUCAACCAGGGUGUUCGAGAAGCUCUUUUGGAGAAUGAUGAUUACAAUAUUAUCGCCGUCGAUUGGAGUCGCGCUCGCUCUGUGACCUAUGCAGCUUCAGUGCUGGCUGUUGAGGGAGCUGGAAGGAAGGUAGCUAAGCUGAUUGAUUUAUUGGUAAACAAUCAUGGCUUACAAUUAAAAGAUUUGGAAAUUGUUGGUCAUAGUUUGGGCGCUCAUGUCGCUGGUCACACGGGCAAGCAUAUAGGAACCGGAAAAGCUCAUACCAUUGUUGGUUUAGAUCCUGCCCUUCCCUUGUUCCAUUACAACUCGCCAGCGAAACGUUUGGCCUGGUCAGAUGCCCACUAUGUUGAAUCCAUUCAAACAAAUGGUGGUAAGCUAGGUUUCUUAAAGCCCAUCGGCAAAGGAGCUUUCUAUCCCAAUGGUGGCAAAUUUCAACCUGGAUGUGGAGCUGAUUUAUCUGGCUCCUGCUCCCACGGUCGCUCUGUCACUUACUUUGUAGAAAGUAUCAAGAUGGAUAAUUUCGCUACAGUGCAAUGCGAGGAUUAUCAGAGUGCCGUAGCCAAAAACUGCGGGUCCACCUACAGUUCUGUUCGCAUGGGCAAUACUGCUAACGCGUUUGUGGUCAAUGGGCAGUAUUAUGUUCCUGUCAAUAAGGUGUCUCCCUUUGGUAAAUUGGAAUAGCUGUAAUCAUAACAAUAAAAGAAAUAUGACAAAAUAAAGGCAAAAAACGAAUAAACGA